GAUGAUCAGCCUUCAUAGUGCCAAGAGGCGCCAAACAAGAGGGAGUGUGUGCCAGUGACGCAUGGCACUGUCUAAGCUCUCUGCCUCCACCUGCAGGCGGUGAUGGUGAAUUUUACUCACGGUGCGUCGAAUAUCCUUUUCCAGAGCGAUGAAAGGUUGACGCUCCAGAUUUAUGUUUGUUUUUUAGUGUCAGUUUGCAGCACAUAAACAAAUAAUGUUGCUAUCAAAGUUCUGUCACAAAUCAGGGCACAGCUGGAGGUUAAUCACUGAUAGAGAGAUGGAUCGUGGUAUCUCUCUCACUCUCUCACCUUUGGUAAAGCAAGUGUCUGACAAUGAGAAUCAGAAAUACACACCUAUUUUCUCUAUGCUGCAGUGUAUGGUCGUCUAUCUAUUUUUAUAGCAAAUGCUGCUCUUAUAGAUAUGGCAGUAGAUCUGUCCAUCAUUUUACAUCAGCUUAAAGUUGUAUUUUAUACAUUGCCCGUCAUUCUAAUUUACUUUCCGAGCUAUAGUAACUUGUUAAUGUGCAGAACAGCAGAGUUCAUUUCCACUAAGUUAGAUUCUGUAACUGCUAUUUCGCACAGGUGCUCUGUGUCACAUUUACUGUAAGAGUUGUUGUAACGCACACAUAAAAAUGUUAAGCAGCGUACAAUAAUAUUAACGCAAUGGAACGCAAUGGCAUGUUCGCAUACAUUCAUUCUUUUGGCAGUAUAUUUAGCGACUGUGUGAAAAUAAAUAUUGCACAAGGCUCUCACUUGGGGUGACAGCGCAGCGCGUUCCUUAGGGAAGCGGGCUCGUACCCCCCAGGUUGUUAGUUUGACUCUCAGGUAGGGCACUGCUGCAGACGUACCUUGAAAUAAGGCACUUAACCUGAAUUGUAUAAUUGUAUGUAAGCUGCGCGAGUUGUUCUGAAUAAGAGCAUCUGCUACGAGGAAAAUCAGGCGUUAAUACACCUGCAUUAACCUGUUUUUAAAUAAUAAACAUUGUUUGAAAAUGUGUUUGGUUCAACACACUUUAUUGCUGCUAAAUGUUUACGCAUUGCCCCUUCAGGAAUAUUGGCACUUCCGGCUUCGGAGUGUCCAGCGCAUGCGCAAAAGCUAGUUUAAAUACCUCGGAACUCCAUUGUACAGUUCUCUCCAGUGUACGACUCUUAGAGCGUGUGCUGUCUGUCUAUGCAACAAAUGGAAAUGGAGAAAAUCGCCAGUGGAACGUGUCUCUCGUGCUUACAGUCGGAGAUCAGAGAGUUCACCUCUUCGCUGUCCUGUAGGUAGUUCGCUUCGAGCCUCCGCUAGCGAGAUGGAUUGAGUCGCCUUUUCCGGAUGCACGUGUGGACAUGGAGAACAAAAUGGAAUUUGGGAUCUCCACAGGUGCCGUGAGCACUAACUGAAGACUGCUUGGGGAGCAAGGUGGAGUUCCCUGCCGCCACAGGCAGUUGGGUGCCUGGCUACUGUCCCUGUUGAAGGUCUGGCGUCGGCCAGCUACCUUUUUGGGCGUCUGUGGUGUCUGAAUUUGUGACCCGCAUGGCUGUGUGGCAGCACACGCAGGGAGGAGUGACGUCCAGCGCAUUGAUGUGAAAUGUUGAGCUUUUAAACUAACUCUGAAUAAAAAUUUUUUUACUACAUUAAGCAUGGUUGUCAUUUAUUCAGCUUAAACCACUGUGGACUGAAACCCUUCUGUUUUGAUUUUACUUGCACAUUAAAGAAGUUGCGCAAUACUUCAGUCAUUGCUGGUUGCAUGAGAGAUCAGUGGAUAUUACUCGUAAUCUUCAAGGAAAGGUGGUGGUGUUGGAGCAUAACUGGACUCACCAAACUGGUAAAAGGGAUGUGGUAAAAUUAUUUUACCUGUUGGCACAUUGUCUUUAUUUGGGAAUUGGCAACAGGCUAGCCCUGUAUGGUUUGGCUGAAUGGCUUUUCUGAAGUUAGUGGUUGUACUCACUGUGCCCUUCAAAACUUGGAAAUUUGAUCAUUGUAUAAUAGUGAUUUAAAAAAAAAAAAAAACUUUGCAUUUCAAAAGCUUGUAUCCCCUUAACAUAUUAGGCUGCAAUGGCAUGUUUUAGGCUGGCUAAGCCUCUGGGUGCUCCAGGUCCAGGGUAGACAAUGGUGCUGUACUGGGGCCUUCAAAAUAGUGCUGCAAUUGUGUGUCCUGGGCUGGUGGGUCCCACUAAGAUAUUUUCAUGGGGUCAAAAAUCCCUGCCGGUGUCCCUGAGUUUAGGAUUUUAGUUGCACUAGUGCCUGGGAGUCAGGUGUGAAUACAGUCUGGCCAAUCAGUAGCACUAAUUGUUCAGCAGAUUACCUGGGGGGAGAGAAAACCAGGGCCGGAUUUGGAUUCCAGGUCCAGAUUUGAGUAUCCAUGCACUGGUGAAAAUAAUUGUGACGUUGAAAUUGAUUCGUGGUUUUACGCAGCAUAUUGGUGGAAAACGCUGGACAGUACAGCACGUACCCUGUUACCGUUUCGCUCCCAUAAACUAAAGAAUCUGACACAACUGGUUGUGCUAGCGUACCCAAGUGGCUAACUAGUGACGUCACAGGAUCACUUUUACUUUCGUUUCAUCCGAAACGCGAUGGAUAACGAACGAUGAACGAGGGCGCACAGCUACUAGUCCCAAUGUUGGACGCGAGAAGCAUCGCCAUGGAUGCAGGCUUCACUGCCGUAGAAGUCCGUGGUGUUCCACGCAAGCUUCCAGAAGAUCGGAUGAUUGACAAGCUGACGAUUCACUUCCUGCGUCCUCGGAACGGGGGCGGCGAGGUGCUCAGGGUGGUGUACUCCGACCAAGCUCCACACCGGGCGUUUGUCGUGUUCGAGCGUCCAGAAGUGGCGGCUCGUGUCCUGCAGACGGCGCACGUGCUGCAGUUGGAGGGGCAGUCUUUUCCCCUGACGGUCCGUCCGGGGGAGCAUGCUGAGGUGGACCUGCCUGUGAGAGCCACGCUGAACCUGUGGCAGUUUCGGGAUCAGGAAGCCGCGCUCUCUAUCCUGAGGAGGCACGGGUUCAAGGUGAACCGGCAGCACCCCGGGCAGGUGCUGCUGGAGGGGACCUUCCUCAGUUUGAGCGCCGCUAGGGUCAGACUGGCGGAGCUGCUCGCCUCCGAAGGCCAAUCGCAGAGCUCGUACCCCGAGCCCCGCCCCAGCGUCCACUCCCAGGGAGCGGCGGACAAAUGGGGACUCUCAUCAAACGCAGACGUGUCAUACAGGCAGAACGGGGCCAAGGUGGAUGCUGGGAGAUGGAGUCCUAAGGAUGCCAAGCAAUCGCCUACUUCCUUUUCCUCCGUCACCCCGUCCCGCGUCCCAUCGCCCGGCUCCGCGGCCAGCUUCCUGUACGAUUCCCCCCCGGGGGGCCAGCCCUCGGCCAGCCCCCGCCACCGCGACCACGCCUCCUACGAAGGCCAAUCGCAGAGCUCAUACCUUGAGCCCCGCCCCAGUGUCCUCUCCGAGGGAGGGGCGGCUAAAUGGGGACUCUCAUCGGAAGCAGACAUGUCAUACAGGCUGAACGGUGCCAAGGUGGAUGCUGGGAGAUGGAGUCCUAAGGAUGCCAAGCAAUCGCCUACUUCCUUUUCCUCCGUCACCCCGUCCCGCGUCCAAUCGCCCGGCUCCGCGGCCAGCUUCCUGUACGAUUCCCCCCCGGGGGGCCGGCCCUCGGAGAGGUCCCGCGACCGCGACCACGCCUCCUACGAAGGCCAAUCGCAGAGCUCAUACCUUGAGCCCCGCCCCAGCGUCCUCUCCGAGGGAGGGGCGGCUAAAUGGGGACUCUCAUCGGAAGCAGACAUGUCAUACAGGCUGAACGGUGCCAAGGUGGAUGCUGGGAGAUGGAGUCCUAAGGAUGCCAAGCAAUCGCCUACUUCCUUUUCCUCCGUCACCCCGUCCCGCGUCCCAUCGCCCGGCUCCGCGGCCAGCUUCCUGUCCGAUUCCCCCCCGGGGGGCCGGCCGUCGGGCAGCCCCCACCACCGCGACCACGCCUCCUUCGCGGUGGACACCCACGCGCUCCGCUACGCUGGGUCCUUCCGCAACGACGAGGUCCAAGAGAUCCUGCAGGAGCACGGCGUGCAGAUGGAGGUGCAGCACGUGGACGGUUCGGGGGUCAGCACCGUGGUGCUGGUGGGCCGCCACGCGCCGCAGGCCGAGGACAAGCUGGCGAGGCUUCUGAGGGAGGUGCAGGUGGGCCUCCGCACCCAGGAGAUCCCCCUCUCCUCCAUGAGCCAGGAGCGACAGCACCAGGUCGGCCAGCGCGCCCUGAAGCUCGGAGUCAGUUACAAGGUUCUGGUGCUCCAGACGGGCGACGCCCUCCAGCUGGUGGGCUCCUCCAUCGAGAGCUACGAGUUGAAGCAGAGGAUUCUGGGAGAGGAGGGGAGUCGGCCCUCCUCCAGGCGGGAGAGCGUGGAGCAGGAGCGCGGCAGGCAGCUCGGAAGGAGCGCCUCGUUGCCACGGCGACCCGCCAGGGAGGUUGCGAGAGACUCGGCCCCCGGCUCUGCGGCGGCCGGAGGGUACGACCCGUCGAAAUACGACCAGGGGCCGGGGGGCAAGGGGCCCGGGCGAGGGGGUCGCGCGGACCCCACCCCGCCAACGGACCCCCGCAAAAAGAGAAGCGCCUCGGAGUCCCGCUCCAAGGAGAAGGAGGGCAGAGCCACGCCAGGGCAAGGGGAUAACCACAGGGCGCCCCCUGCUGGCGCUUCAACAACACCGGAGAAAGAACAAACCUCAAAAAAGAAAAUUGUCCCAACUAUGAACAAACAUCUAAUGCCAGUGAAAGAUUUUAUGGCUAAGAGAUUUCUCCCUAAAAAGCGGUGAUCAUUGACUUUUUGAGGACAGUGUAGAAAAAAAAAAAGGACGGAAAGAGUUUUAUGCUUGUGAAGAUCAGGGGAAGGGAAUAAAUCCAUUCUACUGAAAAUGAAGUUAAUAUCAACAUGCUGUCUCCACUGUUAAUAGAAGAACUAGAUUUGAUCUGCUCCAGUGCUCCGUUGCCUUGGAUACGUUAGACCAGUGAACAUAUGCACACCUGUCACCUGUAAAUGUGCCCCAUCUUUAGUGUUGUUUUUAACAAUAUGACCAGUGGCUGGUAUCCAGGGUGUUGAAAAAACAAACAACUGCACGUGCAAAAAAGGGGAUUAUUUGAAGGCUAAUGAUGCUAUGAACCGACUGUAUAUGUGAACAGCCUACUGGUAUUUGCUUGUGAAAGACAUUUCUCACUCACAUUGGUGUCAUUCGCUUCUACCGGUCAGAAAUCUGUCCAAUGUUUGAAGCAAAGCAAGCUUGCCCAGAACCAUAACACGAAACACCUAGCAUAAAAAAAAUCAUUUAAUCAUUCAUCAAAACUACUUUAGAGUCUAGAUGCCGGAUGUAUUUUGCAGAGCUUCCUCUAGUCUCUCUUAUGAGGAAUGCAGUUAUAAUUCUAACUAAAUUCUAACUUCUAAAUUCUCCUCCUCGUGAGUAAUUAUGGGAUUAGUACCAUAUUAUCUAACUCCCUCUGUGUGUAACUGCAUACCCAUAAUGCUUUGAGAACAUAUCCUGCAUCACCACCCUUUUACUGACGCUUUGACCUAGUAAGCACCAUGUGACAAAGUGGUGAACACCAGACCUGGGUGGAUUCAAAUACCUUUCUACGCCAGCGUAUUGGAACCAAAGAAAUACUCUCAUAAAGUGCAAACCCCACCUUCUGGUCACAUUAGCAGGCUCAGUUACACCAGGCAAGAUCAAUAGAGCACAGAAAAGUAUUUGAAUCCAAAACAAUAUGUAUGUAUUUCACCCAGGUCUGGUGAACACAUACCUCUUGGGAAUCGAACACACAGCUGAGCUGAAAUCUUGACUGCCAAUGUUAUGUGCUACAUUUACUUUAUAUGUGUUUAUGUGUCAUUCACAUAUGUGUCAUCUCACACGUGGGUGAAUAAACAAAUUAUGGGAUUAUGCUUUCCUAAAUUCAGAAGUGGUUAUCUGUAUUGUUGCUUGAAAUUAAAUUAUUUAAAAAAAAAUCUAUACACUGUGCUUCCUCUGUUGUGUUUAUAUUAAACGGUGGGAAACCAAAACCUC